AUGUCCGGAUCAGCGGAAUACUGCCUGUUAGACACCGCAGUGAUCGAGUCCAUUGUGAAAGACAAGCCGGCGGGCGCCGACGGCUGGCGCAGCGGCACGCCGUCGCCGCUGGGCUCCCAGUACUGGUCGGCCGAAUCGUCUCCGAGCGAGGCGCGCGCCGGCUCUCCGUCAGCCGUCUUCUUCAGCCGGUCACCAAAGAGAGCGGCUCUGGGACGGCUGGACCCGGACCUAUACCGGCUGACGGACGGAGACCAGACCGAGGACGACCAGACGGAGCAGCACGCCGCACUCGGUCGGCUGUGGUUAUCUGUGUCCUACACCGCCUCAGAAGAGAAGCUCACCGUCACCAUCAUCAAGGCCAAGAAACUGCCGCAGAGAAGUCGAGAUGAGCCGGACUCCUGUGACCCGGUCAUCAGAGUCCACCUGCUGCCCGACCAGAGGCGCUAUCUGCAGUCGCACCAGAAGAAGAACACCUGCAAUCCGCGCUUCGAUGAGGAGUUCUCGUUCAUGAUUCCGCAGCGGCGGCUGUCGGAGCACAGCAUCCGGAUAUCGGUGUACGACAGCCGCCGAAACAGGAAGCACGUGCCGCUGGGCAUGGUGACACACAGCCUGCGCGCUGGCGUGCACCUCACCAACGCCGUCCGGGACAUCAGCCGGGUCGACGAUGAGCUGGACAGCGGCUGCAGCGCCGGCAGCGCGAGCACCAGCUGCGUGCGCGCGGCUGCGGCCGCGGCGCCGGCGGCCGGCACGGCAGGCGGCCUGCUGGUGGGCCUCACCUACAACGCCGGCCUGCGGCGGCUCACGGUGGCCAUCCUGGAGGCCGUGCAGCUGGAGAGUGUCAGCGGCAGCGGCGGCGGGGCUGAGCACCCGUCCACGUACGCUAAGGUGACCAUGUACCACCACACGCGUGGAAUCCAGUCAAGACGAACCGAGACCGUCCGCAACAGCAGCUG